GCCCGACUUUGUAAAGUCGCUGCCUGAGGUUGGGCUGGGAGCGGCUGCCAUCUUGGCCGAGGGACGGGGGAGCUGCGACGCGGCCGUGCCCGGUUCAAGACCCAGCCUGUAUUAUGGCUGGCAGUGGGUCCAGAGCAGGACCAUCCAGUGGGCUUUCCAUGAAAUCACAGCUUCAGAUCACAGUUAUUUCAGCAAAACUAAAAGAAAAAAAUAAAUGGUUUGGACCUAGCCCUUAUGUGGAAGUCUCAGUAGAUGGACAGUCAAAGAAGACAGAAAAAUGCAACAAUACAAAUAGUCCAAAGUGGAAACAGCAUCUUACAGUAAUUGUCACUCCUGUCAGCAAAUUAAACUUUCGAGUUUGGAGCCAUCAGACACUAAAAUCUGAUGUCCUUCUGGGAAGUGCUGCUCUGGAUAUUCAUGAGACUUUGAAAUCAAACAGUAUGAAACUUGAGCAGGUAGUGGUGACAUUGCAUCUUGUUGGUGACAGAGAGCCAGCAGAAGUGGUGGGAGAUUUGUCUGUCUGUCUGGAUGGUUUGCAGGUGGAUCCUGAGCUCCUGACCAAUGGUGAUGCCUCAGGUACAAGAAGUCCUACACAGAAUGAUAGCUCCAAAGUAAGAAAUGACACACGGACAAACUCAAAUAGCCUUGAAAGCUGUGAGGAUUCUGCUCCCACUGAAAACAAGACUGUAAAUGGCAGUGAUUCUCCACUACUCACCAAUGGAAGCUGCAAACCUUCUAGACCUCCCAGGCCUUCCAGACCCCCUCCACCCACUCCCCGCAGACCCCCUUCAGCAGCUGGAAGUGUGAAUGGUCAGUCACCUCCACCCCCAGAGAGUGAGGGGGCCAGUGCAGGGUCAGUGGCAGGUCCCACUGCCAACUCCUCUUCAGAACAGAGCCCUGAGGGGGCAACAGCUGCAACUACAGCUCCUGCAACAACUACAACUCCAACAACAACAGCUACAGCUCCUACAACUACAGCUCCUACAACUACAGCUCCUACAACUACAGCUCCUGCAACACCUGCACUCACCACACCUCCAGUAUCCAGACAAGUCCAGCCAGUAAAUCCUCCUCCUCAGGCACUUCCUACAGUCAGUCAAGGUCCUCUGCCACCUGGUUGGGAGCAAAGAGUUGAUCAACAUGGCAGAGUCUACUAUGUAGAUCAUGUUGAAAAAAGAACAACGUGGGAUCGACCUGAGCCUCUUCCUCCCAGCUGGGAGCGACGAGUUGACAACAUGGGGAGAAUUUAUUAUGUUGACCACUUCACCAGAACAACAACGUGGCAGAGACCAACCCUGGAGUCUGUGCGGAACUACGAGCAGUGGCAGCUGCAGCGCAGUCAGCUGCAGGGAGCCAUGCAGCAGUUCAACCAGAGGUUUAUAUAUGGGAACCAGGAUUUUUCAUCCACUCAGAACAAAGAGUUCAAAGAGUUUGAUCCUCUUGGCCCUCUGCCACAUGGAUGGGAAAAAAGAACUGACAGCAAUGGUAGGGUGUAUUUUGUCAAUCACAACACACGAAUCACUCAGUGGGAAGAUCCCAGGAGUCAAGGUCAAUUAAAUGAGAAACCCUUACCAGAAGGCUGGGAAAUGAGAUUUACUGUGGAUGGUAUUCCCUAUUUUGUGGAUCACAACAGAAGAACUACCACGUACAUAGAUCCCCGCACGGGCAAGUCUGCUCUAGACAAUGGACCCCAGAUAGCUUAUGUGCGUGACUUCAAGGCAAAGGUCCAUUAUUUCAGGUUCUGGUGUCAGCAACUUGCAAUGCCCCAACACAUAAAGAUCACAGUGAGCAGAAAAACAUUGUUUGAGGACUCAUUUCAGCAGAUAAUGAGCUUCAGCCCUCAGGAUCUACGGAGACGUUUAUGGGUUAUUUUCCCUGGAGAAGAAGGCUUGGAUUAUGGAGGUGUUGCAAGGGAAUGGUUCUUUCUCUUGUCACAUGAAGUUUUGAACCCGAUGUAUUGCCUGUUUGAAUAUGCAGGGAAAGAUAAUUACUGCUUACAAAUAAACCCAGCCUCCUACAUCAACCCAGACCAUCUGAAAUACUUCAGAUUCAUUGGGAGAUUCAUUGCCAUGGCUUUGUUCCAUGGGAAAUUCAUUGACACUGGCUUCUCUCUGCCAUUCUAUAAACGAAUCCUCAACAAGCCAGUGGGACUCAAGGAUUUAGAAUCUGUUGACCCAGAGUUUUACAACUCUCUCAUCUGGGUAAAAGAGAACAAUAUUGAAGAAUGUGGAUUGGAAAUGUUCUUCUCAGUUGAUAAAGAAAUUCUAGGUGAAAUCAAAAGCCAUGACUUGAAGCCAAAUGGUAGCAACAUUCUUGUCACAGAAGAAAACAAGGAAGAAUACAUUAGGCUAGUAGCAGAAUGGAGACUUUCCCGAGGUGUUGAGGAGCAGACACAAGCUUUCUUUGAAGGCUUCAAUGAAAUUCUACCACAGCAGUAUUUGCAGUAUUUUGAUGCUAAGGAGCUGGAGGUGCUUCUAUGUGGAAUGCAAGAAAUUGACCUGAAUGACUGGCAGAGGCACACCAUCUACAGGCACUACACCAGGACCAGCAGACAGAUUGUGUGGUUCUGGCAGUUUGUAAAAGAAAUAGAUAAUGAGAAGAGAAUGAGACUCUUGCAGUUUGUGACUGGAACGUGCAGGUUACCAGUGGGAGGAUUUGCUGACCUCAUGGGGAGCAAUGGACCCCAAAAAUUCUGUAUUGAAAAAGUUGGGAAGGAAAACUGGUUACCUAGAAGUCACACCUGUUUCAAUCGCUUAGACCUUCCACCCUAUAAGAAUUAUGAGCAGCUGAAGGAAAAGCUGUUGUUUGCAAUUGAAGAAACAGAAGGAUUUGGACAAGAGUAGCUAAAAUUUGCACCUUGAAGAACGUGAACUCAACACAAUGUAUGUUCUUCACUUCUGCUUGUUGCACACUUCAUUGUAAAGUAGACUUGACUUGGAUUUAUUUAACAAUACUAAUGUGUAAGUAAAUGGAUGUUAUCCUGAGAUUUGACCCACAUUAACUCUGGAUUUCUACUGAGCACUUUCAGAAAUCAAAUGAGCAAUCAGAUAUGGCUAUAAAUGAAGUAUGACCUAAGUAGAGGUUUAACACAGCUUUGGGCUCUGCUUUGUUUUACCAUUCAUUAAGUAGAAUGACUUAAUAACUGAUGGAUUUUUAACAAUAGUUUUGUCUUUCCUUUUUGGUAGCAUUUUUUGCUACUGAUGCACUGGGAAGUUCAUUGGUAGCUGCAAUGCUGCAGCAUCAUCAUAAGCCUCUUCACAGCAGUGUUAUCAGAGCCAGCUGGUGACCAUCCUCUGCCUCCUGUGAGCAAACUCAUUGCUUAAGCUCUUUUUUCUAACUGGUGGUGGCCAGACUGGUUUUUUUUUCCCCUGCCUGGAGUCUGCUCACAUGCCAGCUGGACUCAAGCUGCUGUUAAGGGGAUGUCAAACUGUGGCACAAAUCCAAGGCGUAGCUUUGCUUGCUUUUUUUUUCCAGUCUUGCUAAUAUCAGCACAACAGACACCUGCCCAAAGUUGCUGGAACAUUUCUGUGUGCCCUCAGAGGAAUUCUCAUCUUUUUUUUUCUGUGCAACACAUUUAACCUUUCAAUCAAUAUUAACACUGUGGUACUUCACUUGUUUUGCAAAAGACAAGACCACCUGGGAUUGCACUGAUUCCACGUAGAUUCCUGUUUGCAGGCUGAUGUUUCCUGCCCAGAGUGCUGAUGGACUUUGCUGUCUUGGUGCACGUUGCAGUCAGUGUGCUCUGGGGACUGUACUGGGCUCUCAGGAAGAGGGGACAGAACAACUGGACUCAGAAAAUCAUUAUAGCUGUUAGUCCUGCUGGUGAACUGAUCCACCAAACUGGCUAAGGCUCAGAGGAUUAGGAAGUGCAGACACAGAUUAUUGAAAAGCUGGAGCAUCAGAAAAUAGUUCUGUAAAGAUUGGAACUAAAGUUUUGGGGGAGGUUUCUGAGCUCAUUUGCCCUAAGUUGCUCACAGCCUGUAACUUCUGUAGGGAGUUUCUAUUGGAUUAAUAACAUCUUUAGUACCUUUUAGAAUCUCUUAAAUAUUUAAUUCUUUUCUGGUUUACAGCAACAAUUUUGCAUUUUGUGGCUCCUUUAGACUGAAUGCACUUUUUGGGUAUGGUCAGCUCUUUCCCUGUCUGAAAGGAGGAGGGCAAACUUGGUUUGAGCUGUUGGCCAUAGCAGCUGUGACACUUGAACUGGGAUGCAGCACACUUUGGUGGCAUCCACAGCUCCAAACAGCAGGGCAGGAGCUCUUUUGAAGAGGCCUCUAGACACUGGAGCUGAAACUGGACAGUGGAAGACUAAAACUCAGCUUCCAGUCUUGAAAAGAAUAUUCCUUACCUGCUGUCCCUUCUGUCUAAGCUAUUAAGUGGGAAAAACUGACUCAGGCCUAAGGAGAAGGAAGACACUACAGUUUUUAACUGACUUGAAGCAUUUUUCAGGUCAUACCAAGUGAUCUGUGCUUACUGGAAGGCAGACUGAGGGUGGACAGCUCUUUUGUCAUGCACAUUCUCAGAAAGGCAUGGAAAAGAGUUCCUGAUGAUACAGAAAUCAGUUUGGUUGAUGGUGAGAAGCAACCUGGCUUCAUAGUUUCACUAGGAGGAAAAUCUGCCAACUUCAGAAACCAUUUGAAGGAUACAUUACAGCAGUCAGCUCAUGAGGAGAGAAAAAAAAAAAGCCUUAUACAUAUUUUCUGUUUCUAUUAAUUCUUGCAAUGAAAUGUAGUUAUCUAACAUAUUUACGAGAGAGAAUAAAUUAAGCAAGAUAAUGCAAGAUUAAGCUAUGAAAACUAGUCUGUGUUCUGCAUAAUGCUUUAUGAUUCGUGUAGGGAACCUAGAAAUAUUGUUAAUGUAUAAAUAUCACCCAAAAGGCUCUCAGCCCUAUAUUUUUAAAAUAAAGAAUAGUUAUAAUUGAAAUAGCUUCAGCCCUAGUUCUAUAGGGUGUGGCUGUUUAAUAUUUUUAUGGUUGAAAUGUUUAGUUCAGGAAAAAAAGUAAAUGCUUGUAUAUAUUUUUGCAGUCCAGGAUUCCACUUAUUCCAUUUUUCUUUCUUUAAUUUAAAUGGCAUGUUUAUAUGUCUUUUCUGCUGUAUUAGGAUGGGGGGAAGGGGGCUGGAUAUCCCAAGCACCAGACAUGAUCUUAAAAUAUUGCAAAAAAAAAAAGAAGUCAUCGGGGAAGGGAUAAAGUGAAACAUUGGAUUUGACCAGAAUAUAUUAAAACCAACAAACAGAAAAUAAUAAAGCAACUUUACUGUGACAAAUUGGCAAUAUUUCUGCAGUCAGAAGUUAAGAUUACUUAGGCUUUUUACUUUGUCAGCAGUGUAGAUGCUAACAAACCUGUUAGUUUUUUACAGCAUGUUGUGUAGAAAUAAAAAGGAAUUAAUGUAAGCCACUGGUGCACUACUCUGUUCUUUGUGGGAAUCUGGUGAAAACAACAUGUGGGUCAGCCCACAGCAUCUGGUUUCCCAGAUAACAGGUCAGGAAUUGGAUUGACAAGAUUUUCAGCAGAGAUUAAUGAAUUUGUCUCCCACUUCUUCAACUGAUGUAGCAGCCUGAGCUCAUGAAUUCAUCCUGUGUCAUAAAUGUAUUUUCAUAUGCAGCUGUCAGCUAAUUUUUAAGCAUUAAAAUAACUUUUAUUUCAGAUUUUGCCUUAUGAGAAUGACAAGAAAAAAGUGAAACACUGAGCUGCUGAUCUAAAUCAUUAACAAAGCCUUAUUGUUCUGGGUAGCCCAGGAACUGUUAAUAUCCUAAUGAAAUGCACAGUAAAUGCAUUAUGUCUUCAUCUGAUCUAGUUUGGAAGUUGGGUUGUUUGGUUGUGGGUUUUUUCCAAUCCAGUUGCUUGUGUUUAAAAAAGGGUUUUUCAUUACUCUGAGAAAAGUUAAACAAAAGGAAAAAUACUUGUUUAAUUUUUGUUGUUGUUUGCAUUUUUAUUACAUGCUGCACUGGAUUUGUAAUCUCAACUCUGUUAUUAUAUUGGUAUCUCCAGCCCCCUUUUUUUUUUUUUUGGUGUCUUUUCAUUUUCUUCAAGAAUCACUGUUUGUGUAUAUGUGCUCUAGUGAACUCUUACAUAAACUGGGAUCAGCAGCACUGGAUUGUAAAAUACUGUACUGAAAUUCAUUGUUGAAAUUUCUUUGCAUUGUAAUUUCAAAUACUCAGGUAACUGUAACAGUAUCUCAGUAAGUCAAAUACUUUUAUAAAACUACUUAAAGAGCUGGUA